AUGGUCCCUCCUUUGGACAUACCACACAUCCUUGGGAAGUAUUUUGUCAAGCAUUACAAGAGCCUUGUAGGCAAGCACUUCCGGAUUGUGGUCCAACUAGCCCCGUUUGUACUAUUCCAGUUCAUGGAUGAAGAACAAAGGGCACUGUGGACCGCAUUGUGCCAAUUGGCCCCCCUGAUUUUUCAAACAUCAAUACCUAACAUGGAAUCAUACCUCAAGAAUUUGGAAGAAAAAAUUGAUAACUUUAUGUAUCUGAUAACGCGCAUGUCUGCACAGUGGGUCAACAAGCCAAAAUUCCAUAUGCUCUUGCACUUACCCCUAUCGAUCAGGAGAUUUGGCCCAGCAUCAUUAUUUGCAACCGAAAAGUUCGAAAGUUUCAAUGGUAUCCUGCGAAAUGCUUCAGUUCAUUCUAACCGGCAUUGUCCUGGACGAGAUCUAGCCAUAUCCUUUGCCAACUAUGAGUGCAUGCGGGCGAUUCAGUCAGGAGGAAGGCUGUUCAAUAACCUAGAGCAAAGGGCUUUUUAUCCAUCUGAAUCUGUCACCCAAGCCUCCAAAGACAAAAUGAUCUUGAAGUCCAUGGGGUACAACCCCCAAAAGGCAAUGACUAGUGCCCCAUUCCAAUUCAGUUAUCCAUCAAAGAAGACCCUCAGGAAAGGAGUAUUUGUACAGGUCAGAUCCCAGAUAGAAGAUCAUAGAUUGAAACAAGUCAAAUCAUCAACAACCAGGAGGAUUGGCAGGAUAGAAUUCCUUUGGCAUAUUCAAUCAAACACCAGCAGUGCCUUUGUCCUGACUGUCACCUGGUUCAAAAUAUUAGGCAUCUCGGAAUUCUACCAAAUGCGACUCAUUGAAAGCACUUUAGUCAUGCGGGAUGUAUAUGCAAAUGAGAUUGAAGCCACUAUUAAUGUGCAACAUAACUGCCAUGAUGGGCAGUGUACAUUCAAGAAAAAAGAGAGGACCCCCUCAGAUGUUCAGGAAGGAGACCCAGGCCUCAGCUAUGAAACCAUCCACAAUAACAACAACAGCUACAUCAUCAACAUUGCAUCAUUUCAUGCAACUGGCAAUCAUCAACAUUUAUCCCAGAUGCCACAUCAUCAAAUCACAGCAUCCCAGUGGCAGGCUGGCAUUCAAAUAGGGAUAGAUAAGUGGAACAAAAACCCAAACCAAGCCCCCAAGGGGAAGGGGAAGGCAAACACUGCAAUACCAUCUGAACUCCAACCUGUGAACCAUCAUUCACCCAUGACAGGGGUUGAAAGUGCCCCUUCUCACCGAAGCCAGGGGAGCUCAGGCCAACGAUCGUGGGGCAGCCAAAGUGUAGGAUCACGUAUGGAACACAAUCAGAAUUCCCCUCCACCCCGUCAAAGCCCUUCCCAAAACCACACCACAAUCAACCUGAAUCCAAACUCCCAAUCCAGAGCAACGUCCCAUGCCAGAGGCCAUAGAAAUCCCCAGCAAAACCCAGGAAACCUCUACCCUGCAAACCCUCCACAAGAAAGCAGAAUAUAUGAACAUAACUCCACACCACAACAUUCACUCCUGCACCACAUGGCCCCAGAACUACAUAACCCAAGAUAUGAUGUGCCAGUUCCCAGUGGUGUAUCACCACACCACACCUGGGCCGGAACCCCAACAUUACACAGAUCCCAAUCCAACCCCAGGUUUAUUCCUCCUUAUCCUUCACCAUAUUAUCCAACCCAGCCAUUACCACACAAUAACCCUCUCAUGCAGCACUGGCCCCAACAAAGCAGACCAAACAGUUGGGCCUCCAUCCCAAAUCAAUAUGCCCACCCACAAAUGAAUUAUGCACUUCCAGAUAGUAAUGCAUAUCAUCCACAGGGCCCCAGUAGUUAUCAUUACCCAAGAAGGCUCCCAUCAACCCCAGGUCCAAUGACCCACCCACAAACAUCUGGUACUAAUGAUCCGCAAGGGUCAAGCCUCCCGCCACCCAACCACACACUAUACCAGUAUAAUUAUCCCGGUGACAAUGUCACCAUAGCAGGAAUGCACCCGGAAGAUCCUAGUGGGCACCAUUAUUCCUCUCACCCUUAA